AUGGCGGCCUUUGCACUGCCUAUACUGAACAAAAUAGCGGAAGAUUCUUAUGGGAUUUUUGCUUUGGUGGUGACUCCAACCCGUGAGCUCGCAUACCAGCUGGCCGAGCAGUUUCGUGCUCUCGGGUCGUGCUUGAAUUUGCGGUGUGCGGUUGUAGUGGGUGGGAUGGACAUGAUUAACCAGGCCCAGACGCUGAUGAAGAGGCCACAUGUUGUUAUAGCAAUCCCUAGAAGGAUUAAGGUUCUCAUUGAAGCAAAUCCUGAUAUUCCUGCCGUGUUCUCCAAAACUAAGUUUUUAGUUUUGGAUGAAGCAGAUAGAGUUCUUGAUGUGGGCUUUGAAGAGGAGCCGAGAGUGGUGUUCCAGUGCUUGCCAAAGAAUCGACAAACUUUAUUAUUUUCUGCAACAAUGACAAGCGACCUACAAACACUACUUGAGCUUUCUGCAAAUUAG